AUGGGGUCGACUGAAUUUCAAGACAGUCAUUACGGGCUGGCCGCGAUCCCAAAAGCCCAUGCGGACCCACUGAUGGGUAUGAAACACAACUUUCUGGCAGAUGAAAGUACGCAGAAAGUAAGUCUGGUGGUGGGAGCCUACAGAGACGCGAACGGGCGACCGUGGAGACUACCUGCAGUGAUUGAGGCCGAGAAGAGAUGCUUUGAGGGUUCAAACUAUUUCAAGCAUGAAUAUGCUCCUAUCUUAGGAAUCGAGGAAUUCACUCUCGCGGCGAGGCAGAUUCUGCUUGGGAAAGACUCCCAGGCCAUAGCUGAGCGACGGGUAUGCUCUAUCCAGACACUUUCUGGCACAGGAGCUCUUCACAUUGGUGCUCUGCUCUUGGCGAGAUUUUUGCCCAGUCCGACGCCUUCGGCUUUCGUGCCUGCACCCACAUGGCACUUGCAUGCGCAGUGCUUCGAGCAUGUAGGACUGGCCGUCGACCACUAUCCUUAUUACGAUGGCGUCCAAAAAUCUAUCACUUUCACUGAUAUGGUGUCUACUCUUGGGCGUGCACCCCCGGGGAGUAUUAUCCUGCUCCAGGUCUGCGCCCAUAACCCUACCGGCAUGGAUCUCGACGAAGAACAAUGGCGGCUGAUAGUGAACAUUGUGCAAGAGCAAAGACUGUUCCCAUUUCUGGAUUGUGCAUACCAGGGCUUUGCUUCAGGCUCAUUGACCGAGGACAACUUGGCCAUACGUCUGUUUGUAGAGGCUGGCGUGGAGAUGGUAAUCGCACAAUCAUUCUCUAAGACUAUGGGACUUUACGGUCAGCGUGUUGGGUGCUUCCACUACGUUGCAGCUGCCCACUCCAAUGCACCGGAUGUGAUCGAGCGCGUGGCAUCCCAGCUCGCGAUACUGGUACGAUCCGAAAUGUCGACGCCCCCUUCAUAUGGGGCCCGAGUGGCCUCAAUUGUGCUGAACGACCCCGAGUUAUAUGCUGAAUGGGAACGAAAUCUAGUCACCAUGUCCAGCCGCAUUACAGAGAUGCGCUGGAAAUUGCGACAGGAGUUGGAAGGACUGGAGACGCCUGGAACAUGGGGACAUCUGACAGAUCAGAUCGGCAUGUUUGGCUUCACGGGCUUGACGCCCGCGCAGUGCCAGCGCAUGAAAAGCAUGCAUCAUGUCCACAUGCCAUCCUCGGGCAGAAUCAGUAUCUCUGAUCUCAACCAUGGAAAUGUGGUACACGUCGCUACGGCGAUCAAUGAGGUCGUGAGAUGGGGCCUUGAAUGUUCAUAG